UUCAUCAAAUCCCGGCCGAAGAAAAAAAUCUAGAACAGGAAACCGCAGACUUUCCACUCACACUCAACCUAAACGCCAAGAACACAGUCCAGACUCACAUCACAACCUAAACAACAACGAAAAACAUGCCUCCCCGGAUCCCAACCCCAGAAGACUUCACCCAAGUCCAAAAAGUCCUCCCCCUUAGCCUAGCCUUCCCAAACCCCCCAGAAUCCACAACCGCAAUCCUCCUCCUCUUCCACGGCCUAGGCGACUCCGAGGCCCCCUUCGCCGCCUUCGCCCGCGCAAUGUCCCUCCCGGGCGUCCUCUCCAUCUCCCUUCGCGGUCCCUCCCCGCUACCCCCGUCCAUGCUGCCCGAUGACGGUCACCCUUCUUCCACUUCCGCAAGCUCCGGUCACUUCCACUGGGGCGACGACAUCACCUUCGACCCCUCCACAGACGCCCUCGCCACGGACCCGGGCUUCUCCAAAUCCUCCACCCUCGUCGUCGACCGCCUCAUCCGCGACACACUCGUCGCCCGCUGCGGCUGGGAGCUCAGCGACAUCAUCCUCUUCGGCUUCGGCCAAGGCGGGUCCCUGGCCUUGGGCAUCGCAUCGCAACUCCGUCUCGGCCCAAAGGUCGUAGACGUGACUGAGUCCUCCAAUCCCACCGCUGCUGCUUCCUCAACAGCUGCAUCUAAACCUAAGAGGAACGACAGCCACUUUGACGAAAACACCCUCAAAGGCGUCCUCUCGAUCGGAGGUCCCCUGCCACCCUCUAUGGUUCCCACAGUCAGCACGCGGGGCAAGUGCAAGACGAAAGCGUGUCUGGUCCAGCUCGACGACGACGCUUUUGAUGCCGUGAAGGAAGAGUUCCUCGAUGUCAGGGUCGUCAAGUGGAAGAGGAAAGACGUGGCCAUGCCCCGUGAUCGGGAGGAGAUGUUUCCCCUGAUGAAGUUCUUCGCAGAAUGCCUCAAGAGCGGUUGGUGAGGUGGUCUUGAGCUUGAUGUGUUACGAAUUAAAUCGGACACUCAGACUUGAUUAUCCAACGAUCCAUCAGCGUUGACCGCGCCGGUGGAUGAUGCUAGACUUGAUCCUUGCUGACUUUACCAAACCGAAAGAGGAGCCUGGGUGGCAGGCAUACAGAGCAGUGACAUGAGGUAUUUCCUUGUUCAUAAUCACAUGAA